AUAAGAGAUCCCUCCAAGGGUACACAGAGAAUGCAUGGUGAAUUCAGUACUUGAACACGCGUUCCUGGCUCUAUGUGUCUUCUUCCCCUCAUGUCUACUUGCCUUAGAGACUUUGGAAAUUCCUGGCCAGUACAUCAUAGACAGACUCUCUCAUGACAUGUGUGAAUUAUUCUAUGGCUGAAUUUCUGAUUUUGGACUCACUAUUCAGGAUUGACUGCCCCUGCUUUUCCAGGGCAACCUGUGAUUCCCAAAUAACAUCAUGGAGAACAAUACAGAAGUGACUGAGUUCAUCCUGCUAGGACUAACCAAUGUCCCAGAACUGCAGGUGCCCCUCUUUAAUUUCACUCUCAUUUAUCUCAUCAAUGUGGUUGGAAACCUGGGGAUGAUCCUGUUGAUUCUCUUGGACUCUCGUCUCCACACUCCCAUGUACUUUUUCCUUAGUAACUUGUCUCUGGUGGACAUUUGUUACUCUACAGCUGUCACUCCCAAGGUGAUGGCUGGGCUCCUUUUAGGAGACAAGGUCGUCUCCUACAAUGAGUGUGCUGCUCAGAUGUUCUUCUUUGCAGUCUUUGCCACUGUGGAAAGUUACCUCUUGGCCUCAAUGGCCUAUGAUCGCUAUGCAGCAAUAUGUAAACCCUUACAUUACACCACCACCAUGACAAGUGUGUUUACACAGUUGGCUCUAGGCUCCUAUAUCUGUGGUUUCCUGAAUGCCUGCUUCUAUGUUGGAGACAUAUUCAGUCUUUCUUUCUGCAAGUCCAAUAUGGUCCAUCACUUUUUCUGUGAUGUUCCAGCUGUCAUGGCCCUCUCUUGCUCUGACAGACGUAUUAGUGAGGUGAUCUUUGUUGUUCUAGCAAGCUUCAACAUCUUUUUUGCUCUCCUUGUAAUCUUGAUUUCCUACCUGUUUGUAUUUGUCACCAUCCUAAAAAUGCCCUCAGUUGAGGGAUACUGGAAGGGUUUAUCCACCUGUGCUUCUCACUUCACUGCAGUCUCCAUUUUCUAUGGGACAGUCAUCUUUAUGUACUCCCAGCCUGGCUCCAGUCAUUCCAUGGACACAGACAAAAUCGCAUCUGUGUUCUAUACAAUGGUUAUCCCCAUGCUGAAUCCUGUGGUCUACAGCCUCAGGAACAAAGAUGUCAAGAGUGCUUUAAAGAAGGUUGUUGAGAAGGCGAAAUUGUCUCUAGGACUCACCUCUUAAAGUUUUAGGAUCCACAAUAACCUAGUUUCAUUCCUGUCAGAUCUUCUUCAUGCAUUAACUCAUGAUUUACGGCCCACACUACAUUUAAC